AUGGAGGUAUUCGAAACCAACCCUUACUACUUCACAGACCAGCGGUUCUUCGACAAUGAGAACCUCUUCCCUUCGCGCCUGCAAGGGUUUGAGCAGCCGGUGUACCAAGACCGACUGGGGACGGGUCUGGGCGCGGAUGCCAGGUCGCUGGAAGCUGGUUUGGAGGAACACGUGUACCCAGUGGCGGAGCUACCGCAGCGGCAACUCCAGCAGCAGCAGCAGCAGGACUGCCACGGCCAGUGCUUGCUGUGGGCGUGCAAGACCUGCAAGAGGAAAUCCGUGACCUUGGACAGGAGAAAGGCAGCGACCCUGAGGGAGAAGAGGAGGCUGAAGAAAGUGAACGAGGCGUUCGAGGCUCUGAAGCGAAGUACUUUGCUGAAUCCCAAUCAGAGACUGCCCAAAGUGGAAAUCCUUCGCAGCGCCAUUCAGUACAUCGAGAGGCUCCAGGCUCUGCUCAGCACUUUGAACCAACAAGACAAGUUGCACUACAGUGGCAGCAACACGCGUCAAGGGGCAAGCGUAGCCAGUGAGUGUGGAUCAAGCAGCGCCUCCUGUAGCCCCGAAUGGAGCAGCUCCUCUGAUCAGUGCAACACUCCGUACAACACUUCCAGCGAUCACUUACUAUCUGUGAAUAAGGGCCAGUCCACUGGAAGUGCCAGCUUACGCUCGCUCUCCUCUAUAGUGGAUAACAUCACUCCAGAGAAUUCACCAAGCAGCUAUUUGGAGAGCAACACCCAAAACUGACUGGAAAUUGCUGUUCUUUCCAUGCAUCUUUUUAU